AAAAUUCAUAAUGGCAACUUAGACUAGCUCAUUUAUCCCACAAGGUCAUUUCAAAGCAAGUGCCUACUUCAUUAGCUGUGUACAGGAGAGGAGGAGGUCCUGAAAUAAGAUGCUUUUAAACAAGCAGAGAUAGCCAAGGGACUGUUUUGUUAAAUGAAGCUGGAAAAGAAUAUGCUCCAUAUUAGCAGGAAAUGCAACAAACACAAAUGUGGUUUUGGAUGAAGUCUGUGUCCACUUCAGUCACCUUAAUUCUCCCUGUAACUGAAUGAUGUAAUACUGUUGUCUGUAGCUUUGAGUUACUUCAGGGCUUGGAAACAAAUGCAGAAGACCGAGAACAAGCUGUGAAUUUGGGAGAUUAAAACUGAUCAGUUCAGCUGGCUGAAGACAUUUAGAUUUUCUUUUUUCCCCGUCUUCUGCCAGAUGUUUUUCAAAAGUGAAGCAAAUUUGUUUUAUUAUUUCUUUUUAAAACUUGUGAAUAUAGUCUUACUUCUUUCUUUAAAAGGCCUCCUGGAGUGGAUCCUCAAAGUUCAAGCAGUUUCUUAUACUCUGACGGAAUGAGUAAACAGGACCAGCUCUCCCUUCUUCUGCCCUUCUGUCUAUCCUUUCUUUCCCCCAGUCUAAAGGCUUAACUGAUACCAAUGUCCUUUUGGAGUGGUUAAGGGAAUUGAGUGAACAUAGACUGUAUUUGUUACCAGGACAAAGGGCAAGAGAAAGAAUGUCCUUUCAUUUAAGUGUCUUGGCUGUCUGGAAAACUUAGAAAAUGACUGUGAAGGCAAAGCAAUGGCACUAAACAGCAAAAAAUGGAUCUUUUUGCAGUCUUUCUACAGGGUGGUCUGGCUUGCUUCUGUGUGUGCAAGAAAAUGUGCAUCUCCCGGCGGAUAUUGCUGCUUAUGCUCACCUUCCUGGCAUAUACGAUUGAUUCCGUCUCUGCAUACAGUCCUGCUGAAACUCUUUGUGGUGGAGAGCUGGUGGAUACACUACAGUUUGUCUGUGGGGACAGAGGCUUUUAUUUCAGUAGGCCUGUGGGUAGAAACAGAGGAAGACUCAAUCGUGGCAUUGUGGAGGAGUGCUGCUUCCGGAGUUGUGACCUGAAUCUUUUGGAAACUUACUGCGCAAAAUCUGUCAAAUCAGAACGGGACCUCUCUUCAUCUCUUGUUUUACCAGCACUAAACAAGGAUAUCUUCCAAAAGCCUUCCCAUGCCAAGUACUCAAAAUACGACAUUUGGCAGAAGAAGAGCUCACAGCGCCUUCAGCGAGGGGUUCCCAAUGUCCUCCGGGCCCGCAGGUAUCGAUGGCAAACUGAAGGGCUGCAGGAAUCUGAAGAGUCCAAGAACCAUCGCCCAUUGGUUGUCCUGCCGACACAGACACCUCUGCCUGUGCACACCACCUCAGAAACGUCAGGCAGCCAGAAGUGAACUGUGCUGAACUAUUUUGCAGAAGUGACUAUUAUUAUUUUUCCCAGUCUCAUGGGAGGUGUUUUCAAGGUCCGGCCCCAGCCUUUUCUCUCUUGCAGACCAAGUCAGAGGGGGGAGAGCAAAUGUCCUUUCCCACCAAGGAACAACAGAAAAAGUGGCACAGGAACACCAAAUGAUUGGGAUUAUGACAUCAGUGGUGGCAGCAACAUUUUUGUGGCAUUGUCUUUAUAAUUAUUAUUUUUUUUUAAUCUAUUGGUUGGCUUUGUACUUUCCUACCCAGUAUUUUCAGCUUGAACUUAACAGGGACAGCUAAGGCACUUGAACUAUAUAAUAACAGACUUGCCUUUCAGUCCAUAUACUAACCAAUGAAGACAGAGCGAGAGAAGAUCAUGGUAUUAAAAGAAGGCCAAAUUCCUUAUUUCAACUGACAGUAAAAAGAAAAAAAAGGGAAACAAAAUCUGAAGUUUUAAAGGUUGGCCUAACCUUUACCCCAUUUUAUGUGUUUUAUAAGUCACGAUUGAUAUAUUUGGGGGGGGGGGCUGCACAUUUUAAAAGCUAGAAACAAAAAGAUGAGGCCCAUGACCUUUUUUUUUUUUUAAAUUACACAGUUCAAAAUGUACUUGCACCUUUUAGAAAAAUCACCGAUGAAGUGAAAGAGUUUGGGUGAACGUAAGUUCACUUUAAUGGCGGAGGCGUCAGCAUUGCACAUUUGCCACAGAUUUAGUUGAAUUAUAUGAAAUAUAUAUUAUAUAUAUAACUUUUUUUUUUUU